AAGAAGGAGCUCCUGUUUGACAGCAAACACCCAGACAUACCUCCUGGAUCCUUGACAGGACACGAACCCAGGGACCAGGAUCAGGAUCAGUGUGAAUCUGUCACUGUUAGCUAGUCAGACCAAAUCGUAUGAGAGCAGACAGAUGAGAUACAAAUUAACAUCAUCCUGCUAGAGUUCAGACGUCUUAUUAGAGAAUCAGGAUUAUUUACGUUGCUGUUUUCAGCUUUGUGUUCAAACUCACAGCAACACAUAAUCGCAGUUAGUUUGUUAGCAGAUGAUUAGACUUUAUGAGGAGCAACAGCUAGCAGCUAACCUAGCUUAGCUCAUUCUGUUGUUAGCUUAAGUAUGAGGCUGAAGGUGGGCUUUCUCCUACGGUCUAUGCUGGUCAUAUGGUUAUUUGUGGGUCUGAAGGUUCUUUGGUCUGCUCUGUCAAUCAAAGCAGGGAAGGAAAACCCUUUUGGAAAACAGGAGGAUGUUGCCCUGCCCAGAGCAGACCCUGUAGACCAGUUUAAGCCUGUGGUGCCCUGGCCUCAUGUGGAGGGGUUGGAGGUCGACCUCAACUCCAUCAGACUCAAACAUUGGCCCAACAACCCCCAGAAAGUGGAGGAGCAGCCCAACGAGAAGCAGGUGAUCCAGCAGCAGUACGUGACGUUCAGACCCCAUAGUCACGCCUACACCAGCCCCGUCCUGAAGACAGGAAUCCUGGGUAACUUUGAGCCUCAAGAACCAGAGCCUCCAGGGGUCCCUAACGGUCCUGGAGAGGGGGCCAAACCCUUCGUCCUGGGUCCAGAGUACAAAGACGCCGUACAGGCCUCCGUCAAAGAGUUUGGCUUCAACAUGGUGGCCAGUGACAUGAUCUCUCUGGACAGAAGCAUCAGCGACAUUCGCCAUGAAGAGUGUAAGUACUGGCACUAUGACGACAGACUGCUGACCUCCAGUGUGGUGAUCGUGUUCCAUAAUGAAGGCUGGUCUACACUGAUGAGGACGGUCCACAGUGUGAUCAAGAGGACUCCCAGGAUAUACCUGGCUGAGAUUGUCAUGAUCGACGACUUCAGCAACAAAGCCCACCUGAAGGAGCGUCUGGAGGAAUACAUCAAACAGUGGAACGGUCUGGUGAAACUGUUCAGGAAUGAGAAGCGAGAAGGACUCAUCCAGGCCAGGAGCAUUGGAGCCAAGAAGGCCACUAAAGGAGAGGUGUUAAUCUACCUGGAUGCUCACUGUGAGGUUGGAAUCAACUGGUACGCUCCUCUGGUCGCUCCUAUAUCAAAAGACAGAACGGUGUGUACGGCGCCUUUGGUCGACUCUAUCCUGGGUACGACUUAUAGCAUCGAGACCCAGGGUGGAGGGGACAAGGACAACUUUGCUAGAGGUGCCUGGGACUGGAGCAUGACAUGGAGGAGAAUUCCUCUGACAGACAAAGAAAAAGAAAGGAGAAAGACGCGCACUGAGCCAUACAGGUCUCCUGCUAUGGCGGGGGGUCUGUUUGCUAUAGAGAGAGACUUCUUCUUUGAGCUGGGUCUGUAUGAUCCGGGACUGCAGAUCUGGGGAGGAGAAAACUUUGAAAUAUCAUACAAGAUCUGGCAGUGUGGGGGACAGCUGCUCUUCGUGCCAUGCUCCCGGGUCGGUCAUGUUUACAGAAUGGAGGGAUGGCAGGGUAACCCCCCGCCUGCAAACAUUGGAUCAUCACCGACUCUGAAGAACUAUGUGCGUGUGGUGGAGGUGUGGUGGGAUGAAUAUAGGGACUACUUUUAUGCCAGUCGUCCUCAGACUCGGGGGCUGGCCUACGGAGACAUCAGUGAGCUCAAACGCUUCAGGGAGAAGCAUCGCUGUAAGAACUUCAAGUGGUUCAUGGAGGAGAUCGCAUACGACAUCGCUUUACGCUUUCCUCCACCUCAUAAAAAUGUGGAGUGGGGGGAGAUCCGGGGCUUAGAGACCAGUUACUGUAUCGACAGUAUGGGACACAAAAAGGGAAAUGUGGAGAUCGGACCCUGCCACAGGAUGGGGGGAAACCAGUUGUUCCGUAUCAAUGAAGGUAACCAGCUGAUUCAGAAUAAUUACUGUUUGACUAGAGGAGCUAAUGACACAGCUAUCAUUAUCACACGAUGUGACGGGAACAAGUACUCUGAGUGGCAGUACUUCAAGGAUAUGAAUCGGUUCACUCACAUGCCAACAGGGAAGUGUCUGGACCGCUCUGACAUGCUCCACUCAGUGUUCAUCUCAGACUGUGAUAACAAUAAAACCAGUCAGAGGUGGGAGAUAAACAACAUCAUGGUUGUGUGACAAACUGUAAACAUGUUCCUUCAGCUUUGGAUCUGAAUCACUCAGAGAACAUCACUGUGAAAAAUUCGGGGGAGGGGGGGGACCUGCUGUGAAAAGCAGAAUGAAAACUACUAACUAUCAACACUAUAAAAACUCUGUUGAGGGGUGAUGGUGGCGCAGUGGUUAGUGCGCGCGCCCCAUGUAUGCAGGUGGCCCGGGCUCACAUCCCACCUGUGGCUUCUUUCCCACAUGUCAUUCCCCUCUCUCUCUCCCUGAUUUCCGACUCUAUCCACUGUCCUAUCUCUCCAUUUAAGGCACAAAAAGCCCAAAAAUAAAUCUUUUUAAAAAAAGAAGAGGAAAUAAAAGCAUGUAAGACGAUCUCCACGUUUUUCCUUGAUAAAAGAUAGUCUCCUGAGCUUAGUUCAGACUGAGGUUCUCAUCAAAGAUGAGGCAAAGAUUUUUGCAAGUUAUAUUUUGGGUCAGAAAGCCGAAAGGUAUCGCUGCUUUUUCUGAGCAAGAGCCAAUAUGGAUCAUCUCCGUUUUUUUCAAGGUUUUUUUCAAGGACAUUUUGAGACAUCCAGCAUUUAAGGUCUCAGAUGCAGUUGUUCAGCGUGUUAAGUAGUUAAAAUCAUCUGUAUUAAAAGAGAGGUACAGCUGAGUAUCAUCCGCAUAGGAGUAGACACUCACAUUGUGGCUGCGGGAUAUGUCCCAGGGUAGCAUGUAGAGGGAGAAAAGAAGCACUCAAAUCUAAAAGCAUCAGCAGCAAUCAGCAAAACAUUUCACACUUCAAGUCAUAUGCUUUGCUAUAAACACAUAUUGAAAUUCCUCAAAGAGCUAAUUUUUGUAAAAAUUUAAAUAAAUAAAAAAAAGCAAUCAACUA